GUCUAUUAAAACCAAAGAAAGAGUUAAUUGAAAUAGAAAAUUUUUGGUGAUUUGUCUCAAUGGAUAAUAUUCUACGUAUCAAACAACUGACGAUUCCUUUGAGUCCAAAAGAUUCCGAAAUAAAUGCUUUUGUAGAAAAGGGUUACCUAAUUGGGAAGAAAAUUGGUCAAGGUUCAUAUGCUACCGUACAUUUAGCCGAUUAUGUCGAUACCACUAAAACUAACCCGAAGAAAGUACGUCUGGCCUGUAAAAUAUUUGAUAAAAAAAAGGCUUCGAAGAAUUUUUUGAAUAGAUUUUUAACUCGUGAGCUGGAAAUACUCGCUCAAAUUAACAACAAAUAUAUCAUUUCUUUACACAGCAUUUUACAGAGAGACACCAGAGUUUUUAUUUUUAUGGGAUAUGCUGAGAACGGUGACCUUUUGGACUACAUUCACAGAAAUGGUCCAAUACCUGAAAAUCAUGCUAGACUAUGGUUCAAACAAAUGAUUUGCGGACUUCACUAUCUCCAUGGAAUAAACAUUGCACACAGAGACUUAAAAUGCGACAAUAUACUUUUAUCUGCAAAAUUCAACAUUAAAUUAGCUGAUUUUGGUUUUGCAAGAUUCUGCGUAGAUUCUCGAAAUAAAAAAAUACUUAGUGAUACUUACUGCGGUUCUUCAGCUUAUGCAGCACCUGAAGUAAUCAUUGGUACACCCUACGAUCCAAAAUUAUCUGAUGUUUGGUCAUUAGGAGUCAUAUUGUUUGUCAUGCUUAAUACCACCUUGCCUUUUGACGAUAUAAGUUGUGUGGAUUUGGUACAUAACCAAAUGACUAAAAAUUGGGCUUUCCAAUCAAGAGUAAGGGAUAACCUAUCAAAAAUGGUCAAAUCGUUGGUUCGUCAUAUUUUGGAACCAAAUAUAAAUAAAAGAUUUACUUUGGAAAAUAUUAGAAAACAUGAGUGGUUAAAACUGCACAAAGAAAAGUCAUCUACACCUGCUCAACUGUUGAAUAAAUCCAAAAAACAGAAAAAAAGAAAGUAAGAUGGUUAUUGUUAAAAAAUAUAUUAAUGGAGUAUUUGAGCAAUUGGAUGGAUUUUUAAUAUUUCUUUUUUGAUAUUUUCCUAAUUUUAAUUAAUUUAUUUAGACCAUUAAGAGGCCUGAUUAUGUAGGUAAUUCUGGAUUUUUCUGUACCCACAUAUGUACUUUAAACCAGAAAUAGUAUUCAUAGUAUUUAUUUUAUUUGAACUUAUCCUAGGAAGUAUAUAGAUAUAUCUUUGAUUUACAAUAAAUUUAUAGUAAUCAAUAUAAAUUAAUAAAUAUUUUUGAACUGACAAAA